GCUCUAGCCUUAUAUAUGCAGCCUGUUGCUGUUGUUUGUGAGUACAAACACUUUACAGAGGACCAGCUCAAACCCGCAGUUGGAGACCACAGAGCCACCAUGAGAGAGUUCAAAAGUAAGGACUUCUGGAGGGCCGUUCUGGCUGAACUGGUUGGCAUGACCCUUUUUAUUUUCCUCAGUUUAGCCACCGCCAUUGGGAACACGAAUAACACUGCCCCCGACCAGGAGGUGAAGGUGGCACUGGGCUUUGGACUGGCUAUUGCCACACUAGCCCAGAGUUUAGGCCACAUCAGUGGAGCCCACCUGAAUCCUGCAGUUACCCUUGGGAUGCUUGCCAGUUGCCAGAUCAGCGUGUUCAAGGCGGUCAUGUAUAUUGUAGCCCAGAUGCUGGGUUCGGCCUUAGCCAGUGGUAUUAUGUAUGGAGCACGUCCAAGUACCACUGACGCUCUGGGAGUCAAUUCUCUCAACGGUGUCACUCCCAGCCAAGGCGUGGGCAUCGAGCUCCUGGCAACCUUCCAGCUGGUGCUGUGUGUCAUUGCAGUGACUGAUAAAAGGCGGCGUGAUGUCACUGGCUCUGCACCCUUAGCAAUUGGCCUCUCAGUUUGUCUGGGACAUUUGGCAGCUAUCAGCUACACGGGCUGUGGCAUCAAUCCGGCUCGCUCCUUUGGUCCAGCUUUGAUCCUGAAUGAUUUCACUAACCACUGGGUGUACUGGGUGGGACCAAUGUGCGGUGGCGUGGCAGCUGCCCUCAUAUACGACUUCCUCCUCUACCCCAAAUUCGAUGACUUCCCCGAGCGUAUGAAGGUCCUGGUGAGCGGCCCAGUGGGAGACUAUGAUGUAAACGGUGGGAAUGACGCAACAACUGUGGAAAUGACAUCAAAGUAGAACAAACCACACCCAUUUAGCGUCAUUGUACAUGUCUAUACUUUUGUUUGACCCCACUCAGACUGCCACUAAAGCGUUCACAAUGAAGUGUGAAGAAUCCUGACAGAGCAUUGGGUGUAAUAAAAAUAUUUCCUGCAUCAGUAUUCUGUGUUGAGCCAUGUUUUUGUACUUCUUUGUAUCUAUGUAUCACUAUAUGUUUCUGAUGGAUAAUGUAUUGUGUGUGCACUCUUGAAUUGUCUCUCACUUUUUUAAGUAAAUAAAACACUUGUUGUU